AAGCAUAAAUCUCUCUCUCUCUCAUAUAUAUAUAUAUAUAUAUAAACACACGUGUAUGUGUGUAUAUGCAUUUAAGGGUGCGUGAUUAAUUUCUGAGUCAUUUAUAACUGUUUUUUUUUCUUUUUGCUUUCUCGAAUUCUAUAACUCCAUCCAUCGUCUUUCUCUUUCCUCCCUCCCUCUGUCCAGUCUCUACACAUACACAAAUGUAUACACACACACACAUAUAUAUAUUUAUAUACACACAUACAUAGAUAUAUAUUUAUUAUUAUCAAUAUAAAUUAUAUAUUGGUUAUCUUCCCUCCUCCUCUCUCUGUUUUUCUUCCUCCCGCUCCUCCUCUCAUUCAAUACUUACUCCACAUACUCCUCCCUCCACGUGAUGUUCUCCACCACCACCACCACAAAAAACAUAUGUAUUAGUAGUAGUAGUAGUAGUAAUAAUAAUAAUAAAAACAAUACUAAUUGUCGUCGUAGUCGUCGCUGUUGAACUCUGCCCAUGAAGGGAGGAGGAGGAAGGGGAGAGAGAGGGGUGAAUCAGUCGUUGUCGGUGUUGGAUGCUCCCUUUGACGAUACAGUACCAUUGAACGACAUCCUAUCCACGACCACCACCACCGCCGGCACUGGCCAACAAUCGCAAUCACAACACCAUCGAUCACCACGUCGUCGUCAUCGUCUUCAAGCUAUGUUCUCCUCAUCUGCCGGAGGAGGCGGCAGCAGCGAUAGCAACCCCAACCCGAGUAUCAACACCAUCUUGCCUUACGUCUCAGUCGAAGGACAAACGAUUUCGGCGCCGGAACCGAUCAACGAUGCUUCGGACACGGCCCCGAUCGUCGAUUCGGACGAGGGUCGCAGCUUCGAGAGCGAUGCCACCAACCCCACCGUGCAGGUGCUCUCUUCGACUCCGAUCAACUCGCGGAGGGCCUACGUUUCCGUCGGGAUCCUAUUUGCCAUCAAUCUUCUCAACUAUAUGGACAGAUAUACCAUCGCAGGUGUAUUACACAGUGUACAAAGCUUUUAUGGGGUCAACAAUACGAAGCUGGGACUGUUGCAGACGGCCUUCAUCGUCAGCUACAUGUUGUUCUCUCCGAUAUUCGGUUACAUAGGAGAUCGCUACAACCGAAAGUACAUCAUGGCUUCUGGAAUAUUCUUCUGGUCUUGUCUGACCCUGGCAGGGUCGUUUGUUGGCAGAGAUAAAUUUCAUCUUUUCCUCUUCCUUCGAGCCCUCGUUGGAAUCGGUGAGGCCACCUACUCCACCAUAGCUCCGACCAUUAUUGCUGACCUUUUUGUCAAAGACAUGCGAUCUCGGAUGUUGAUGAUUUUUUAUUUUGCUAUCCCAGUUGGCAGUGGACUUGGUUACAUCGUUGGCUCAAAUGUUGCCUCUGCUUUCGGCAAAUGGCAGUACGCUCUCAGGGUCACACCCCCACUUGGUGUAAUCUGUACGUUGCUGAUUAUCAUUCUUCUGGUUGAGCCUGAGAGGGGUUCCAGUGAAGGGGGUACCCACCUCAAGAACACCUCAUACCUCACAGACAUAAAGGCUCUUCUCAAAAAUAAAAGUUUCCUGUUCUCAACCAUUGGCUUCACGUGUGUUGCAUUUGUGACGGGGGCGUUGGCCCUUUGGGCUCCCUAUUUUAUGUAUGAUGCCAUACGUCUCCUGGAUGGAUCAGCAGAAAUGGCAGACGUUAGCCUAAAGUUUGGCAUCAUCACGUGUGCAGCUGGUUUCAUUGGUGUUGCACUUGGCUCCGUCGCUGCCCAGUAUUACAGGAGACGAAACCCUCGAGCGGACCCUCUCAUCUGUGCAAACGGGAUGUUGUUGUGCACCCCUUUUAUGUUCUUCACCCUGGUUACCAUGCAGUAUUCCAUCACAGCCUCUUGGGUUUUGAUAUUUAUUGGGGAGACGCUUUUGUGCCUCAACUGGGCCAUUGUGGCAGACAUUUUAUUGUAUGUGGUCAUCCCCACAAGACGGUCCCUUGCUGAGUCCUUUCAGAUCAUUGUUUCCCAUAUGUUUGGUGAUGCUGGCAGCCCCUACUUGAUUGGAUUGAUUGGUUAUCUCCGCCAAGUCACUUGA